AUGCCUUUCGUUACAAACAUACCCUCGGCAAGCAUUCACAGCUCCGAGGAAGUGGCAGAGGUGCUUCCGACGUUUGUGUCGACUAUAAGCAAAACAUCACCUCUCAUCUUCUUCUACCACAUAAUCGACCCUGAAACAACGACGCUUACCAUCCAGGUGCUUGGAGCUAAUAUCUCCUUCCAAUUCAGCCACCGGAGAGCAAAGACUAUCCUUAGUCGAUCUAAGAUAACACGACAGUUGGAGAACAAAACGGUAGGCUUUAUCGCCGUCGCGACACCUCAGUCACAGCGCAUUGUUUUAGCUUCUGCCGAGUCAGGCCAUGGCUUCGGAAAGUUUGGCGAUGUUCUAGAUAGAAAGAAAGGCGUGCUUCCGAACAGUGUUUGGACGAGACGAGUUGUGGCCAUGGGUAAGACCCUUGGCAUGAAGAUGAGCAGGCCUUUUGACAACCCCCAUCGUAGGGGCACGAAUACCGAUGGCAUAUUUCUCGGAUCCCAUGUCGAAGUCAAACUCGCGGUUCAUGGAAUCUGCGUGCUCCUCAAGAUCUUCGGAAUCACCAAAGACUUGGACAACAUCACGAUGGAACACUUGCACAAGCUUCGUCUUGUUCGCUGGGAGGAUGGCACUCGCCCUGUCUUCGAAGUGUACUUCUCCCGAAAACACUGCAUGCCAUGCCAGUCGUUGGUGAGAAAGUUGUCAGAAGCUACUGGUAUAACCAUCAGAUUGCUGUGGAGGGAUCGACUUGUCAAGAAAGAGUAUGUUGUUCGUGACUUGCACAAAAACGCCCGGCGUCGAGGCCAAGUUGAAACCCAGCCAGUACGUGACCCGCAAGACUACGACUUUGGCGAUACCCUCCCCGACGACUCAGACAUAGAAGUCAUAUCUGACGAUGAGGAUAUGAGAGACGUCGACCACAUCGACCUGACUGGCAUACGAUCCACGUCACCAGCUGGCAUCUCAGCAGAGAUCGACGACCUUCUUGACGGCCUCGCCUAUCGAGUAGGCCAGAUGGAAGAGUGUCCAGAAGGAGCGACAGCCGCUAUUGUCGGGUUCGCCAGAACCAUGAGUGCUCACAACAGAAGCAAGAGACUGGCCAGGGACGUCAACGUCAGCAAACCUCUUCCCGCGACGCCGGUGAUAGAAGCACCAAUCGACGUACUCGAAAGCGGAGAACGGCAGCGAAACACAUUUCCCCGGGCGCAGAGGACUCUUUUUCGCCGGUCGCGUGAGCUUGGGGGUACUCGAGCGAGGAGUGCUUCGCCUUGCAGAAUUAGGCGAGAACCAGUUCGAGACCGUUCUCCUAGGCGGUACAAUUUGACGAGUCCGGAAAACUGCUCAGCGAGAAUCUUUGGGCGAACUCAAGCCAGUUCGAAGCUUUGA